AUGGCACUGCGCGAGCUGCCAUUCCGCACGGCCACGGCCCUCUGCAACAGCACCAGACCCGCCAUCCGCGCGGCUGUCCCCCUGUGCCGCCGCAAUGCCUCGUCCGAAGCAGUCCGCGAAAUUGAAGAUGCAUCAUCAUUCGAGGUCCCGCCGCCAUCGCAGGAGCUGGCAAAGAACUACGACCCCGUAGAGCGGAGUCGGCUGCGGAGGAGAGGAAACAAGCAGCUGCCGCCAAGCAGAUACCAGUACCGAUCCCCCAAAUACUACCGCGGCCCUCUGCACCCCCACCAGCCACCUCCCGAGUCGGAUCCCUCUUCGCGACUCUUCCAGCCUGGACCCUUCAGCCUGUCCCGUCUCGAGCAAACCUACCAGAGCAAGAUCGCGUCCGAUCUCCUCACCCUCACAUAUCAGCACUACCCUCCCGGUUACCGCGCUCCCAAGACGGAGCAAAGACUACGAGAAUGGACUGGCGACUCCCCGUACUUCAAAAACCGCCCCCUCAGGCCUCCACGAGGUAAGGGUGAGGUGCUCCGGCUGCUUCAAGAGCCCCGCACUUUCCGCAACAUACCCAAGAUCACAGGCGUCACAGUCCACUCCAUGGUGCCAGAAGCGCAAGAGAACAGCGGGAAUCUGCACGUCGCAGGUAUGAUCCUGCAGGCCAUCAGCAAUGUACGAGCCGUGUCGCACAAGGCGAGACACAAUGUCGUUGGGUGGGGCUUGCGUGCGGGCAGAUAUGUCUCGGUGACGGCCAAGAUGGAGCGGGAAGAUGCGGAGCACUUUCUGACAAAACUCAUCGAUGUGGUCCUGCCAAGGAUCAAGGAGUGGAAAGGAGUACCAGGUUCGUCUGGAGACGGACACGGUAACAUGAGCUUUGGUCUCACCCCAGACCAACUUGCCCUCUUCCCGGAAAUUGAGGUCAACUAUGAUGCAUACCCACCAAAGAUGAUUCCCGGUUGCCACAUCACCAUCCAAACCGAUGCCACCAACAACAAGGACGCACGUCUACUCCUCCAAUCCAUUGGAAUCCCAUUCUACGGCAAGCUAAACGACUAA